GAAGCAUGAAGAGUUGUUAAGUGGAAAAUGGAGGCUGAAUUUUACCUGGCGAUUCUUACCAGCCUGAUCUUCGGGAGCUCGGAGGGGUUUCAGAUUGUCCAUGUCCAGAAACAUCAGUGCCUUUUCGUAAAUCAGAGAGUGAUCGUGGGAGCCUGCAAUGGUACCAGCCAGAACCAGCAGUGGCUGUGGGCUGAGGAUGGAAACCUCCUCCAUGUUGGAUCUGCACUGUGCCUGGGCAUCUCCAACUCCUCCGGUGGCCCUUCCCGUGCAGCUGUCCUCACCCCCUGCUCCCAGGCACCCCGAUGGACCUGCUACGAGCAGGAAGGGUUCCUGGAGGUCGAAAAUACCUCCUUCUUUCUCAAGAAACAAGGCCCCAAAGUAGUGGUCAAGAAAGGCAGGAAAUACCUCCAUAGCUGGAUGAAAAUAAUCGUCAACAAGGAGGGGAAAGUGGUCAAUGAAAGCCUCUGCUUAAAAGAAGCUGGCCUGGGAGCAGAAGUUUCAGUAAGGAGCACUAGAAACAUGGCUCCUCCCCAGAUCCCCACUACUUUUAAUACAGUUCCAUAUAGCCCGGAGAACCUUAUUAGGAACACCACAGAGGCCUUUAUCAUCAAUACUACAGAAAACCACAGCCACAACAGCAGCAAGAAACCUUACCCCAAUCUGCAUGCAACUGGAAUUGCAGAUACAUCGUGGAUACCAUCAACUACUUGGCCCUUCUCCAGCACCACUAAAGAGACUGGACUGGCAGAGUCAGUGAGAUGUAACUUCACCCUGACGGAGUCCAGGGUCUCCAGCUUGUCGGUGUCUAUCCAGUGGAGAACUUUAGGGUCACCAUGUAACUUUAGCCUCAUCUAUAGCGGUGACACCUCAGGGCCUUCAUGGUGCCACCCCAUUCAGAUAGACAACACUACCUAUGGAUGUACCCCCAAGGAUUUACAAGCAGGAACCAUCUAUAACUUCAGGAUUGUUUCUCUGGAUGGAGAAGAGAGAACCGUGGUCUUGCAAACAGAUCCUUUACCACCUGCUAGGUUUGGAGUCAGUAAAGAGAAGACUACUUCAACCAGCCUGCAUGUUUGGUGGACUCCAUCUCCUGGAAAAGUCACCUGGUAUGAGGUGCAGUUAUUAGAUGAUAAUAACCAAAAGAUGCAAGGUGUCCAAAUUCAAGGAAGUACAUCACGGAAUGAACACACAUUUUUAAACCUCACUGCUGGUAAUUAUUAUAAUGUUGCCAUCACAGCUGUCUCUGGAGAGAAACGUUCCUCUACAGUUUAUACCAAUGGGUCAACAGUGCCAUCUCCAGUGAAAGAUAUUGGUAUUUCAUCAAAAACUAAUUCUCUCCUGAUUUCCUGGUCCCAUGGUUCUGGAAAUGUGGAACAAUACAGGCUGAUGCUAAUGGAUAAAGGGAUCCUAGUUCAUGACAGUAUUGUGGACAAACGCGAUACCUCCUAUACUUUUCAUGGGCUGAUACCUGGCCACCUCUACAACCUCACUAUUGUGACUAUGGCUGCAGGACUGAAGAACUACAGGUGGAAAUUAGUCAGGACAGCUCCCAUGGAAGUCUCAAAUUUGAAGGUGACAAAUGAUGGCAGUUUGACCUCUUUAAAAGUCAAAUGGCAAAGACCUCUUGGAGAUGUGAAUUUCUACAACGUGACCCUGUCUCACCAAGGGACCAUCAAGGAAUACAGAGUAUUAGCACCUCAGGUCAUUGAAACUCACUUUAAAGACUUAGCCCCUGGACGACUUUAUCAAGUUACCAUCAGCUGUAUUUCUGGUGAACUCUCUGCUCAGAAGAUGGUAAUGGGCAGAACAGUUCCAGACAAAGUUAGGAACCUAGAGGCAAACAACAAUGGUUGGAUGAGGUCCCUCAUGGUGAGCUGGUCGCCCCCUUCUGGAGACUGGGAGCAGUAUCGUAUCCUGCUCUUCAAUGACUCUGUGGCACUGCUCAACACCACUGUGGGAAAGGAGGAAACACAGUAUGUCAUGGAUGGUGUGGGGCUCAUACCCGGAAGACAGUAUGAGAUAGAAGUCAUCGUUGAGAGUGGAAAUAUGAAGAAUUCUGAACGUUGCCAAGGCAGGACAGUUCCCCUGGCUGUCCUUCAGCUUCGGGUCAAACAUGCUAACGAAACUUCACUGGGCAUCAUGUGGCAGACCCCCGCUGCAGAGUGGGAGAAAUACAUCAUCUCUCUAGCCGACAGAGACCUCUUACUCAUCCACAAGUCACUCUCCAAAGAUGCCAAAGAAUUCACUUUUACUGAUCUGGUACCUGGACGAAAAUACACAGCUACGGUCACCAGUAUUAGUGGAGACUUAAAAAAUUCCUCUUCAAUAAAAGGAAGAACAGUACCUGCCCAAGUAACUGGCCUGCAUGUGGCCAACCAAGGGAUGACCAGUAGUCUAUUUACCAACUGGACUGAGGCCCUGGGAGACAUAGAAUUCUACCAAGUCUUACUGAUCCAUGAAAAUGUGGUCAUCAAAAAUGAAAGUGUUCCCAGUGAGACCAACAAAUACAGCUUCCACUCUCUGAAAUCAGGCAGCCUUUACUCCGUGGUGGUAACAACAGUGAGUGGAGGGAUUUCCUCCCGACAAGUGGUGGUGGAAGGAAGAACAGUCCCUUCCAGUGUGAGUGGCAUGACGGUGAACAAUUCAGGUCGUAAUGACUACCUCAGUGUUUCCUGGCUGCCAGCGCCUGGAGACGUGGAUAACUAUGUGGUGACCCUCUCCCACAACAGCAGGGUGGUUCAGUCCCUGGUCAUUGCCAAGUCUGUCAGUGAGUGUUCCUUCAGCUCCCUCACCCCAGGCCGCCUCUACAAUGUGACCAUAACUACAAGGAGUGGCAAGUAUGAGAAUCAUUCCUUCAGCCAAGAGCGGACAGUGCCUGACAAGGUCCAAGGAGUCAGUGUUAGCAACUCGGCCAGGAGUGACUACCUAAAGGUGUCCUGGGUGCAUGCCACUGGAGACUUUGAUCACUAUGAAGUCACCAUCAAAAACAAAAACAACUUCAUUCAAACCAAGAGCAUUCCCAAGUCGGAAAAUGAGUGUAUAUUUGUUCAGCUAGUCCCUGGACGGUUGUACAGUGUCACCGUUAGUACAAUAAGCGGCCAAUAUGAAGCCAGUGAACAAGGAAAUGGAAGAACAAUCCCAGAGCCCGUUAAGGAUCUAACACUGCGGAAUAGGAGCACUGAGGACCUGCAUGUGACUUGGUCACGAGCUGAUGGGGACGUUGACCAGUAUGAGAUCCAGUUGCUCUUCAAUGACAUGAAAGUAUUUCCUCCUUUUCACCUUGUAAAUACUGCAACCGAGUAUAGGUUCACCUCCCUAACACCAGGGCGCCAGUAUAAAAUUCUCGUCUUGACAAUAAGUGGGGAUGUACAGCAGUCAACCUUCAUUGAAGGCCUAACAGUUCCUAGUGCUGUCAAAAAUAUUCAUAUCUCUCCCAAUGGAGCAACAGAUAGCCUGACAGUGACCUGGACCCCAGGUGGCGGAGAUGUUGAUUCCUAUGUGGUGUCGACCUUCAGGCAGAAUCAGAAGGUUGAGUCUCAGACCAUCCCCAAGCACGUCUCUGAGCACACGUUCCACAGACUGGAGGCAGGGGAACAGUACCAGAUUGUGAUUGCCUCUGUCAGCGGGUCACUGAGGAACCAGAUGGACGCACUGGGGCGGACAGUUCCAGCAUCUGUCCAGGGACUAAGUGCAGACAAUGCAUACAGCAGUCAUUCCUUAAUAGUAAGUUGGCAAAAAGCUGCUGGUGUGGCAGAAAGAUAUGAUGUCCUGCUUCUAAAUGAAAAUGGAAUUCUUCUGAGUAACACAUCAGAGCCAGCUACUGCUAAACAGCACAAAUUUGAAGAUCUAACACCAGGCAAGAAAUACAAGAUACAGAUUCUAACCGUCAGUGGAGGCCUCUUUAGCAAGGAAUCCCAAACUGAAGGCCAAACAGUCCCAGCAGCUGUCACCAACCUGAGGAUCACAGAAAACUCCACUAGACACCUGUCCUUCAGUUGGACCGCCUCAGAGGGGGAGUUCAACUGGUAUAACAUCUUUCUGUACAACCCGGAUCGAACACUUCAGGAGAGAGCCCAAGUGGACCCACAAAUCCAGAGCUUCUCUUUCCAGAACUUGCUACAAGGCCGAAUGUACAAAAUGGUGAUCGUGACUCACAGUGGGGAGCUGUCUAAUGAGUCUUUCAUAUUUGGCAGAACAGUCCCAGCCCCUGUGAGUCAUCUCAAAGUAUCCAAUCGGAACAUGACAGAUAGUCUUUGGUUCAGCUGGAGUCCAGCUCCUGGGGACCUCGACUUUUAUGAACUGAUUCUCUACAAUCCCAAUGGCACAAAAAAGGAAAACUGGAAAGACAAAGACCUGACGGAGAGGCGUUUUCAGGGUCUUGUCCCUGGAAGGAAGUACACACUAUGUGUGAUAACUCACAGUGGAGAUCUCAGCAAUAAGGUCACAGGGGAGGGCAGAACAGCCCCAAGUCCUCCCAGUCUUUUGUCAUUUGCUGAUGUUGCAAACACAUCUUUGGCCAUCACCUGGAAGGGACCCCCAGACUGGACAGACUACAAUGACUUUGAGCUACAAUGGCUCCCCAGAGAUGCACUCACUGUCUUCAACCCCUACAGCAACAGAAAAUCAGAAGGACGCAUUGUGUAUGGUCUUCGUCCAGGGAGAUCCUAUCAAUUCAGUGUCAAGACUGUCAGUGGAGAUUCCUGGAAAACCUACAGCAAACCAAUUUCUGGAUCUGUGAGAACAAAGCCAGACAAAAUACAAAACCUGCACUGCCGGCCCCAGAACUCGACAGCCAUUGCCUGUUCUUGGAUUCCUCCCGAUUCUGACUUCGAUGGGUAUAGUAUUGAAUGCCGCAAAAUGGACACCCAAGAAAUUGAGUUUUCCCGAAAGCUGGAGAAAGAAAAAUCUCUGCUCAACAUCAUGAUGCUGGUACCCCAUAAGAGGUACCUGGUGUCCAUCAAGGUGCAGUCGGCCGGUGUGACCAGUGAGGUGGUUGAAGACAGCACCAUCACAAUGAUAGACCGUCCUCCUCCUCCACCCCCACAUGUUCGUGUGAAUGAGAAGGAUGUGCUAAUUAGCAAAUCUUCCAUCAACUUUACUGUCAACUGCAGCUGGUUCAGUGACACCAACGGAGCUGUGAAAUACUUCACAGUGGUGGUGAGAGAGGCUGAUGGCAGCGAUGAGAUGAAGCCAGAACAACAGCACCCUCUCCCUUCCUACCUGGAAUACAGGCACAAUGCCUCCAUUCGAGUGUAUCAAACCAAUUAUUUUGCCAGCAAAUGUGCCGAAAGUCCUGACAGCAACUCCAAGAGUUUUAACAUUAAGCUUGGAGCAGAGAUGGAUAGCCUAGGUGGAAAAUGCGAUCCUACUCAGCAAAAAUUCUGUGAUGGACCACUGAAGCCACACACUUCCUACAGAAUCAGCAUUCGGGCUUUUACUCAGCUGUUUGAUGAAGACCUGAAAGAAUUCACAAAGCCACUCUAUUCAGACACAUUUUUCUCUUUGCCUAUCACCACUGAGUCAGAGCCCUUGUUUGGAGUCAUUGAAGGUGUGAGUGCUGGCCUGUUUUUAAUUGGCAUGUUAGUGGCUCUCGUGGCCUUCUUCAUCUGCAGACGGAAAACAAGCCAUGGUCGAGAAAGGCCCUCUGCCCGCCUGAGCAUUCGUAGGGAUCGACCAUUAUCUGUCCACUUGAAUCUGGGCCAGAAAGGUAACCGGAAAACUUCUUGCCCCAUAAAAAUAAAUCAGUUUGAAGGGCAUUUCAUGAAGCUUCAGGCUGACUCCAACUACCUUCUAUCCAAGGAAUAUGAGGACUUAAAAGACGUGGGUCGAAACCAGUCGUGUGACAUCGCACUCUUGCCGGAAAAUAGAGGGAAAAAUCGAUACAACAAUAUAUUGCCCUAUGAUGCCUCAAGAGUGAAGCUGUCCAAUGUAGAUGAUGACCCGUGCUCUGACUACAUCAAUGCCAGCUAUGUCCCAGGCAACAACUUCAGAAGAGAAUACAUCGCUACUCAGGGACCGCUUCCUGGAACCAAGGAUGACUUCUGGAAAAUGGUGUGGGAACAGAACGUUCACAACAUUGUCAUGGUGACCCAGUGUGUUGAGAAGGGCCGGGUAAAGUGUGAUCAUUACUGGCCAGCAGAUCAGGACUCCCUCUACUAUGGGGACCUCAUCCUGCAGAUGCUCUCAGAGUCCGUGCUGCCUGAGUGGACCAUCAGGGAGUUUAAGAUAUGCAGUGAGGAGCAGCUUGAUGCAAACAGACUCAUCCGUCACUUUCACUAUACAGUGUGGCCAGACCACGGAGUCCCAGAGACCACCCAGUCCCUGAUCCAGUUUGUGAGAACUGUCAGGGACUACAUCAAUAGGACUCCAGGUGCUGGGCCCACCGUGGUGCACUGCAGUGCUGGUGUGGGUAGGACUGGAACCUUUAUUGCGUUGGACCGAAUCCUUCAGCAGUUAGACUCCAAAGACUCCGUGGACAUUUAUGGAGCCGUGCAUGACCUAAGACUUCACAGGGUUCACAUGGUCCAGACUGAGUGUCAAUACAUAUAUCUACAUCAGUGUGUAAGAGAUGUCCUCAGAGCAAGGAAGCUACGGAGUGAACAAGAAAACCCCUUGUUUCCAAUCUACGAAAAUGUGAAUCCAGAGUACCACAGAGAUGCAGUCUAUUCAAGGCAUUAAGAAUGUACCCGAAGAUCUCCUGGAUAAAAAUUUUUCACUGUGUGAUUUUGUUUUAAAAAAAUUUGCUUCUUGCCCUGCAGAGGUGCCAACUAUUUCUGUCAAUACUAUGUAUAAUUUAUUAAUCUGGAGAAUGUUAAAGAAUUUAUGUAAUUUAAAGGUAACAGAUAUUAUUGUACAUAGUUGUAUUUUGUAGUUUUUCCUGUAAAUAUGUAUUUUUUUCAUAAUGUUUAAUAUUAAGCUUUAUAUAAUACUAUUUUUUCACCCAAAAGUGUUCAUGGCUUGUUCUACAUAAAGCAAUUCAACCUGUA